CCUCGCAGCCCCGCAGCUAUUUCUCGGCCGCCGGGCUCGGAGGUGACAGCAGGCGACAGCGGCGCUCGUCCCCGCCGCUCGCCCCGGGCUGUCAGGGGGGUGCCGGCACCCCGCGCCCAGCCAUGGGGGGCUGCUCCCGCAGCAACUGGAUUUUGCCCCUUUUCUUGGCUGGGCUCGUCCAGCUGGGGCGAAGUGAGGAGAGGGAGAAGGUGGACUGCUACCACUCGGUGAAGGACACCAUCUACAGCUACGGGGCCCUGACCCUCGAUGGGGACGAGUACAUCCCCUUUGAGAGGUACAGGGGGAAGACAGUGCUCUUUGUCAACGUAGCCACAUACUGAGGCCUGACCCUGCAGUAUGUUGAACUGAAUGCACUACAAGAUGAACUGAGAAACCAGGGGGUCGUGGUCCUCGGCUUCCCCUCCAACCAAUUUGGGAAGCAGGAACCCGGACAGAACUCAGAGAUCCUCCCUGCGCUUAAGCAUGUCAGGCCAGGAGGUGGCUUUGUUCCCAACUUCCAGCUGUUCCAGAAAGGGGAUGUGAAUGGGGCCAAUGAGCAGAAGAUCUUCACCUUCCUGAAGAACGCCUGUCCCCCGGUGGCGGAGGAGUUUGGGAACCCCAACAAGCUCUUCUGGGAGCCUCUGCGGAACCAUGACAUCAAGUGGAACUUCGAGAAGUUCCUGGUGAGCCCCGAGGGUGUGCCGAUCAUGCGCUGGUACCACCGCACCAACAUCUCCGUGGUGAAGAAUGACAUCAUAGCCUACCUGCAGCAGCGGGUGCAGCACCAGGAACAGGCUGACCAGUAGAGCCUGGGGCCCUUGCAUGAGGGCCAACAUCCCCCCAGCUGCUUCCCAUUCCAUUCCCUCCCCCAAUGUUCCCCAGCAGCAGGAAUCACGCACUGUCCUCUCCAUUGCUCCCGUCUCUGGCACCCCCCAGUCAGGAUGCUGGGCUGGGCAACCUCGUGGCAGAGACCUCAGCGAUGGCAGUGGGAUACUUCCAAUAUCCCUGUGUCCCACCUCGACCCCUGGUGGUGACACCUCCUGGCCUCCAGCUUGCCCCCUCUGCUCCACCAUCCCAGGCAGUGGGAGGAUGCAGGGGCUGGCUGUCCCUGGAGCAGGAAACCACAUCUCCAUGAAGGCUCGGCCCGAAAGCCCCUGGCUGGGGCGGGCCCGGCCCAAACGUGCCGAGCACGGAGCAGCUCUUCAGUGCAUUCAGGCUGCCUGUGGUCCUGGCACACAGAUGUGCUGCUCUCCUGGUCAGGGGUGGCCAGCCCCUUGCCACCCACCAUAGAAACACCAAAUAAAGGCUCUGCAAAUGUGCA